AUGUACGGGCUUCGCUCCUUUCUACUGUUCACGCUUGCUUUGCUACCGCGAGUUGCGCUGGCUAUGCCAGCUGCUCGAUCGGCAAAUGAUACCCGUCCUAUUGAGCCCGUACAUGAUCCUUUCUAUCUCCCCCCUGAGGGCUUCGAAUCCUCUCCUCCCGGAACCAUCCUGCGGUCCCGAGAACCUCCAUUCCCAAUUGCGGCCUUCAGUCUUGCCAAAGUGAACCUAGCCUCGGCGCAUCAGCUUCUUUUCAGAAGUACCGAUUCUUUUGGAAAACCUAUUGUUGCUGCCUCCACGAUCCUUGUCCCUCAUAACGCCGACUAUACCAAACUGCUGUCUUACCAAGUAGCUCAAGAUGCGGCCAGCCCGAACUGUGCUCCCUCUUUUGGCCUCCAACUCCAUGCCGCUCACGAUAACUUCCUCGGUCUCAUUAUGCCCCAAGCUGAGAUCUUGUUCCUGAGCUCAGCUCUGGGCAAGGGAUGGAUUGUCACAAUUCCCGACCACCUUGGAACCAAGUCCGCCUUCCUGGCCAACAACCUCUCCGGACAUAUAGUGCUCGACAAUGUCCGCGCCGCACUAAAGUCCUAUGCCGUCACGCACGUCGCAUCCAACCCCACAAUCACCCUCUGGGGAUACUCCGGCGGCAGUCUGGCCAGCGGUUUUGCCGCCGAGCUGCAUCCCACGUAUGCUCCGGAGUUGAAGAUUGCCGGCGUUGCUCUCGGCGGCACCGUGCCCGAGAUCCUGCCUGUCAUCAAGACCGUCAACAAGGGCUUCUUUGCCGGCCUGGUCCCAUCCGGCGUGCAGGGCCUUGCCAACGAGUAUCCCAAAAUCCAGAAGCUCAUUGACACGAACGUUCUGCCAGAAAAGCUUGAAGACUUCCAAAAGACCAAAGACUACUGCUUGACCGAGGAUCUGCUGCACUAUCUCAACCACGACAUCUACUCUUAUGUCAACAACUCGGAGAUCUUCGAGGGGCCGGUAGCGACCCAAGUCAUUCAGGAGAAUGCGAUGGGUCAACACACGCCCAAGGUGCCCCUUCUUGUUUAUAAGUCUCUCAACGAUGAAGUCAGUCCCGUCAAUGAUACGGACGCUUUGGUUACGAAGUACUGUGAUGGCGGCGCCGACGUGGAGUAUAAGCGCGACAUGCUGUCAGAGCACGGAGCGAUGGAGAUUGUCGGUGCUCCUGAUGCUGUCAUCUGGCUUACUGAUCGCAUGAAUGGUGUUCCUGUCAAGCAGGGCUGCCAUAACUCGACUGCUCUGACUAGCUUGACUGACCCCGGUGCCAUUCUUGCGCUUGGCCAGGGUGUCAUUAAUCUUCUGUUAAUCUUACUGGGUGCGCCAUUGAAGCCAAUUGCUUAG